AUGACAGCUGAGAUCAAAGCCACACUGGAAGAGAAGAACGCCGGACGGGAAGAAAUAAAUGUCGGCCGAGAAAAGGUGCGAAAGCAACUCCCACAGAUAAAAGUGGAGCUUAUAGAAGAAACUGGAGCCAUAAAAGAAGAUGUGGAUAUGAGAGAAGUGGCUUCUGAAGAAUCAAAAGAUGAAGAAAUGAAUGAAUUGGUUGUUGUUGUUGUCCCUAGAUUUCCCGAUAACCCACAACUGCGCUCUUUAUGGAUUAAGGCUGUACGAAGAAAAAAUUUUACGCCUACAAAGUAUUCGAAGCUAUGUUCAAAACAUUUUUCAGAAGAUGCAUUUGAAAAAGCAGGACCAAGAUACAGAAUUUUAAAAAAAAGUGCUGUUCCAUCCAUUUUUGAUUUUCCAAGCCACAUUGUUCAGACAACAAAAAAAAGCAAAAAAGAACCUGCAAACAGAGAAAUCACGACGAAUACUUUAACUGACAGUUGUUCCCCAAUGUGUACGAUAGACCUGAUUUCCCAACAAGGUACCAGUGAAUGUGCGAGUACCAGCGAAUGUGCGAGUACCAUUAAAUGUGAGAGUACCAGCGAAUGUGCGAGUACCAGCGAAUGUGCGAGUACCAUUAAAUGUGAGAGUACCAGCGAAUGUGCGAGUACCAGCGAAUGUAAAAAAGCAGGACCAAGAUACAGAAUUUUAAAAAAAAGUGCUGUUACACCCAUUUUUGAUUUUCCAAGACACGUUGUUCAGACAACAAUCAAAAGCAGAAAAGAACCUGCAAACAGAGAAAUCACGACGAAUACUUUAACUGACAGUUUUCCCCCAAUGUGUACGAUAGACCUGAUUUCCCAACAAGGUACCAGUGAAUGUGCGAGUACCAGUAAAUGUGCGAGUACCAGCGAAUGUGCGAGUACCAUUAAAUGUGCGAGUACCAUUAAAUGUGAGAGUACCAGCGAAUGUGCGAGUACCAGCGAAUGUGCGAGUACCAGCGAAUGUAAAAAAGCAGGACCAAGAUACAGAAUUUUAAAAAAAAGUGCUGUUACACCCAUUUUUGAUUUUCCAAGACACGUUGUUCAGACAACAAUCAAAAGCAGAAAAGAACCUGCAAACAGAGAAAUCACGACGAAUACUUUAACUGACAGUUUUCCCCCAAUGUGUACGAUAGACCUGAUUUCCCAACAAGGUACCAGUGACUGUGAGAGUAACAGCGAAUGUGCGAGUACGAGCGAUUCUCCUGAUGCGUCAAAAAAAUCUCUCGAUCGAAAAACAUAUAUUGGUGAUUUUUCUUCGGAUGAUAUGAAUUCCCCUACAAAAAUGAAGAAGUUUUUCACUCUUGCUACUGCAAAAAUCAAAGAGAAGCAGAAGAAGAUAAGAUGUCUCCAAAGAAGAAAUACGCGUUUAAUCCAAAAAGUUCAUAACUUGCAGUCGUUAGUUGAAUUACUAACAGAGAAAAAUUUCAGUGAUGAUGCAUCAUCGACUGUAAAGGCUACUGUUCUUGAGGCACUGCAUGAUUUAUUAAAAAGUCCAUGAAUGAACAAUCAAGUAAUCUCUUACAAGAUCCAUGGCUUCUGAACCACAACCUUCUUGAAGAUCGCGUUUCUGCCCCAAUGAGGAUCGCUUCUGCGAAGGGUUGAACCAAAGGAAUGAACUAUACCUGGAUUAUCUGCAAACAGCUGCUCUUUCUUUUCGUUAGAGUUAGUUGUCUUAACUUCGAAAACAGGGAUUAAAAUAAUUAAAUAUUUCAAUAAAUACGUCACUGACUUAAAUUCCUUAAUAGUUAAUAAGUAAUAGCACUGUAAUCAAAAUUCCUGUGAAUUAUACUUUGUACGGGGCAAAUGUAAGUAUUUUUUAUAAAGUCGAUAAAUUUUAAUUAAAUUAUACAUUAAUCAAGUA